AUUUAGUAAGAGAGAAAAGAAACUGUAAAGGGAAAUACUGAAUGCUACAAUAAUAUCUAUUUCCUUACGUCUGAAUUUUUUUUAUAAACGCAACGAGACAAUGUAUAUAUUGAUAUUUAGCAUUUCUUCAAGAAAAUACUAAUCGUUAUUUUUGUAACUUUAACGUUGCUUAUUUUGCUAUGUAAUAAUAUUGAUUGCGUGUAAAAAGAAAUGUUAUAUUUUUUUGGCGGGAAAUGUGACACUCGGAAAAGGUUAGCCAUUGAUCGAUCUUUUUGUUAUUAUUACUGUAGUUUUACGUAGCGGCAUUAGAUUUUCGUGUAAAAUUAUGUGGUGCACGACUCCCGAAAUUUCAUGGCACAAUCGAGAUCCAGUUUUAAGUAUCGAUGUACAAGUUGGAAUUUACGAAACACCGAAAGGUGAAAUUUUCUGGCGGAUUGCAACCGGUGGUGCCGAUUCGCACGUCUUGAUAUGGCACUUAACAAUAAACGAAAGAGGCGGAGCUACGGUAAAAUGCGUAACAGAUUUAGAGCGACAUCAAAAAGCGGUAAACGUAGUACGGUUUUCACCAUCGACAGAUAUUUUAGCUUCGGGGGACGAUGAGUCAACCAUUGUUUUAUGGAAACAAAAGGAAGACUGCGAAUUUCACAUUCUUGAUGAAACUGAAAGUAAAGAACAAUGGGUAUCUUGGAAAGUCUUAAGAGGGCAUCUUGAAGAUGUUUAUGAUAUCAGUUGGUCACCGGAUUCUAAUAUGUUAGUUUCCGGUUCUGUGGAUAACACUGCAAUUCUGUGGGACGUACACAAAGGAAGAUCCAUGGCUAUAUUGUCCGAUCAUAAAGGUUUCGUACAAGGAGUUACCUGGGAUCCAUGCAAUCAAUAUAUAUGCACAAUAAGUACAGACAGGAUGUGUCGUUUAAUUGAUAUAAAUACUAAGAAAACCGUACAACGAGUUUAUAAAGCUAAAAUUCCAACACUGACCAACCAUCCGCUAAAAGAUAAAACAGUCCGACUAUUUUAUGACGAUACCUUUAAAUCAUUCUUUAGAAGAUUGACAUUUUCAUUAGACGGAAUGUUAAUUAUCGUACCAUCUGGUAUAAUCGAGCCAGUAGAAACUACGGAAAGGAUAUCAAAUGCAACAAUAAUUUUUUCAAGACACAAUUUGAAAGAACCUCUUAUGUUGUUACCCUCUUUGGAUGAAUGCACUAUAGCUGUUCGAUGUUGUCCUAUUUACUUUAAAUUGCGAGAGAAUGGCCCGGAAUCUGUGAUAACAUUACCUUAUAGAAUUGUGUUUGCUGUUGCUACACAACAUUCUGUAUUAAUAUACGAUACUCAGCAAAUUUCACCAAUUGCUGUAAUAUCCAAUAUUCAUUAUACUAGAUUAACUGAUAUUGCAUGGUCAAGCGAUGGUAAAAUUUUAAUAGCAUCUUCAACAGAUGGUUACUGUUCUAUAAUACACUUUCAAAAAGGUGAACUAGGUGAUGAGUAUAAAAGUGAAAAUAAUACUCUAGUAAAACUUGCCCUUGAUAAAAAUUCUAAACGGUCUCCAGUAUCGAACAGUAGUACUAAAAAAAUAUCUGAAAAUCCUUUGCCAAUCAUUAACACGGAUAGUAACGCAAUGGAUAUCGAUACCGUGCGCGAAGUAAAAAGUGUUUCCAAUAACCCGGAGAAUGUAGUAGAUGAAAAUAAAAAAUUAUUAAAUGAUACUACUAUUCAAGAAAAAAAAUUAAAUAACGAAGCAGAAGCCGAAGAAACUGAAGAUAUUCAAUUAGUUUAUACCGAAGAGAGUACUAGUGAAAUCGCAAAAGUAAAUGCAAAGGAUACAUCAAAAAAUACGGAAGUACCUUUAAUCGCUUCUAAUAAAACACCGCGUAGGGUAAAGUUAAUUACUCUUUCCAGUCCAAGGGGGCAUAAAAAAUAG